GGCGGGGUGGUUGCGCGCGUGCGCAGGGCGGGCGGGGCGGAGCGGAGUGCGCGGCCGCGGUGUGAGGAGCCGGGAGCGCGGGGGAAGGAGCCCGGCCCUGAGGGGAGCGGCAGCGGCACCUCAUCCAGCCGCCUGCGCCUCGCCGGGGCUACGCGCCCGGCCUCACGCCCCUGCCCGCCACCCGCAGCCUUCGUCGAAGGAAGGGGCGGGAAAAGAAGUCGAGCGAGAGCGAUCGCGGGUCCCGCCGCGGGGAGCGGAGCGAGCGCGGGGCGGUGGCGGAGGCUCCUCCAUCAUGUCGGCGGGCGGGGACUUCGGCAACCCGCUGCGGAAAUUCAAGCUGGUGUUCCUGGGCGAGCAGAGCGUGGGGAAGACUUCCUUGAUCACCAGGUUCAUGUAUGACAGCUUUGACAACACCUACCAGGCAACGAUUGGCAUUGACUUCUUAUCAAAAACCAUGUAUUUGGAGGAUCGAACAGUACGGUUGCAAUUAUGGGACACAGCAGGUCAAGAACGGUUCAGGAGCUUGAUUCCUAGCUACAUUCGUGACUCCACUGUUGCAGUUGUUGUUUAUGAUAUCACAAAUGUAAACUCGUUCCAGCAAACAACAAAAUGGAUUGAUGAUGUCAGAACGGAAAGGGGCAGCGAUGUCAUCAUCAUGCUGGUGGGAAAUAAAACAGAUCUAGCAGAUAAGAGACAAGUGUCCAUUGAGGAAGGAGAAAGAAAAGCCAAAGAGCUGAAUGUAAUGUUCAUUGAAACUAGUGCAAAAGCAGGAUACAAUGUAAAACAGCUUUUCCGACGCGUGGCAGCUGCCUUGCCUGGAAUGGAAAGCACACAAGACAAAAGUAGAGAAGACAGUAUCCUUUAUGCGUUCGUGCUGCGAUUCAGCGGUGGCAAAGCACUGCCAGGCGUUACUGCAGACGAGGAAAAUGCAGGCCCUGAAUGACAAGGAUGAAGGAGGGAGCGAUAUCUCUCCUGAAGCCUUCAGUCAGCUUAUGGACAUCCCAAAAAAGAGGCCUGAGAGGGGGAAUAGGGGCAAGUAACCCUUGAGCUUGAAGUACUGAGGAGGAAGGCUUGGUGGGAUAGAUGGCUGGACUGGGGGUGUUAAGGGUGGAGGCCUCUACCGUAAAGCAGGGGAAGUAGAAAUGCUUAGGGCUGAGAGAUAGUAUAAAAGCGAGGACACUUGAAUAAAAGCUGAAGGGAGGGCAACGGGAGGGUACAAACAAAUCCAGAAGGGUUCUCUGCUUGGUGUUUGAGCAGGUUGGAUGUGAGGAGGGGAGGGGGAGACUAUGGAGUGGGAGAAAGCACCUGCAAAGAGGCCUGAAACCACCACCCCCCCCCCCCCCGUGUGGCUCUUGCAGGGCUGACUCCAAAAUCAGGCCAGUUCCUCACGGUCACGUUGAGGGAAACUUCAGAAAUCUCCAAGGAUGGAGAUCCCAUAACCUCCCAGGGCAGCGUGUGACUGCAGGCGUCCGUGAUGUGAGGGAGAAAUCUCAACUGGAGGGAUCGGUCUCGGGCAAGGGACAGGAGGUGGUGUGAGGGAUAGAAAAGGGAUAAAGCUUUCUGCGUAACAAGCAUGGCUACAGCGGAAUUGCUUACCUGGCCGGCUGGGUUUGUUUGGGGAGGGCAGUUAAGCCCGUGAAAGUGCUUUUGGUGAGUGGCUUGUGAGAAAAGUAUAGGGGUGUUUGUGGUUGCUUAGCAUAGCUCUGAAGGUGAAAGAAGUUCUGCAAUAACCGAGCUGCUGCUUACGAUCUCACCUGACUAGGCAUUUUCGGUCGCUUGGAUUAGAGAGGAGUUAUUAGUGGGUACUUCCAGGUGGGAGCAAAGAGGGCUCGCGUUGCAUCUUGAUUGGAGUUGGUGAGAUGUUAGAAGUGGGUAAGGUUUUUUUGAGUAGAGGGAGUUUUUCAGGGUUGUCGGUUUUAUUUGCAGCAGGGAUCGCGUAGCUGGCAGCUGGUCAGUGGAGGAGAAAUGGCGCUUUGGAGGAACGAUGCGGCAGGAACCGUAGGAGUGGGACAAGCGUGGUGCUGAGGCUGCGUCUCCUGUGGAGCGUAGGGGAAAGGAGGAUUUGGGAAGCUGUGGAUCGCAGCUGCUAAGGCACAAGCUUUGCGCGAUAUGGACUUGAUUGAUCAAAAAGACUUUGUUAUGCAGGUCGCCGAAAGGUUAAUGAACACCAGUCUUUAUUAAUGAGGGUGGUGGUAGAAUGCGCAGGCACUGGCUGAUGGGCCUGCGGUUUCCCUAUCGGGGAGUUUGAUCGCCGGUCUCUAAAUGGGAGUGCAGUAAGGAUGCUUUGAGUUUGGCUUCCUGCAGGCUGCAGAUAGCAGGAAUUGAAUAGGAUUGUCUCCCGGACAGCUGCGCUGGGAUUAACGGGGGGGGAUUUUCCACAGGCUUUUUUGCAGAAUGUUGAGGGUUCAAGGAUCUUGAACCGCUCGUGCUCAGUGAUGAAGCCGGCAAGGCUCAUUUUGAGCAUCUCUGACUUAAAUAUGUAUCAAGGCUUAGAUCAGCCAAACGGACCAGAUAUUUGAGAUGAAUUAUCGGUCUUUUGUUUCCCUUUUUGUGUUUAUUUUCUCCUAACCUGUGUAAAAAGCAACUCCAACCCCCUAAAGAAAUAAUUUAGAAGUACCAGCUACGUGACCUAUUUGCCUCUGCAUUAGCUGAUAAGCAAAAAGCUUGAGACUUGCGCUGAACUGCCGUGAGUCGGGUUUUGGGAUUAGUGUUCAGAGUUCCUCCUGCAAAAGGCUGCGUAGGGAAUUCAAGCGCUGCAAUGGGGAGCAGCUUAUCACAGGCUGGUUCAGAGCGGCGACCUCGUGUUCUUGUCGGAUAUUAGCUGUCGUUACGAGGGGCGAGUUCAGAGAGGUGGCAGAGGUUUUGUUGGCUGGCGGUGCGGUGAGCAGAGCGGUUUAACUAGAGGGAGGAUGGAUGGGAGAGUUCAGGAUGGCAUCACAUCUGUGAGCUGCGGGUGGCAUAAGUACUCAGGGGUUAGUGAUGCGCAGAGCGUGAGGAGGAAUGGCUUUUGGGGGGGAUUCUGUUAGCGAGCUGUUCUUCCAUGGGUUCCUCCAGGCUCCUGCUAUCUCCAGGGUGUUGUUGUUCCUUGAGCCGGCAGGUAGAGCCCCUCCUGGGUGCCCACCAGCUGGAGGUGCUGCUCGGUGCUGGAAGACUGUUUCCAAGCUGUUACUGGUUCCCUCUGGAAAGAGUGAUUAGCCCCUUCAGCGUUUACAUCUUUAAUUACUAUAGCAAUUGCUGUGGAACAAGAUGAGAUCGCUGGGGAAGAGCAGACUCUGGUUACAGACAGACAUUUGGGGUCUGACAUUUUCCGCUACGUACUUAAGAAUACGCCAAGGCCAGGGCAAGAGGGGCUGCGGAGAAACCUCUGUCUUGACUGAUUUGAAGCUGGUCUUUUUCAAGAGCUUUUGAAAAUACUUUUCAAGUAUUAAUAUUAAAAUACCAGUCAAAAUCCUGCCCUGCCUGUGCUGGUAGGGAAACGCAGUUGGCUGUAAGUUUACCUUAACUUAUUUCUUCCAGUGAUUGACAUAAAACUGGAAAAGCCUCAAGAGCAGCCUGUCAGUGAAGGAGGCUGUUCCUGCUAAUACCAUGUGGCUUCUACCUUUCUCCAGAACAUCACUGCUUUCCCUCCCUUUACUCUUCAUUGACUGCAGUGUGAAUAUUGGCUUGAACCUUCCCCUUUCAGUAAUAACGUAUUGCAGUUCAUCAUCGCUGGCUGUCUCGUGGAGAUGAUCUAUUAGCUUCACAAGCACACACACACACAAAGAAAAUGUCAGUGUCUUCAUUAUUUAUAAGAAAAAAAAAAAAAGCCAAAAUAUUCCAGCAUACUCUAGUUAUAACUUUAAAAAAAAAUAGGUACAAUUUCUUAAUAUUUGUUCCUUUUUUAAUAUGUUAUGAUAUUGCACUUUGAAAUGAUGGAAACUGAGUAAGUUUUGAAUUGGACUUAGACGAGAUGUAUGUGCAGAAGAACGCUUGCAAAUCUUACCCGUUUGAUUUCUCUAACAAACUGGAAACGACUAGACAGCAGUCAGAAACGCAAGCGGAGGUGGCAUAUGCCGAGGGUUAAAUGCUUAUCCUAUCAAUAAUAAAAAAAAAAAAAAAUAAAAUCAAACCCAAGCUCUUAAUCUUUUGAGCAGAGAUAGUCUGACUGGUUUUCAAACCCCCAAUCGUUUUUAGAAACCAACCUUAGCAGGGCGGGGGGGGUUUCGACACCACGAAAGGCUACAGGAUUAUUUUUUAUUUUACUUCUUGCAGAGGCAACGUUGAACACAUUUCCAAGAAAGCAUAUUGAGAAAUACAAAAGCGUCUUUCUGAACGGGAUGAAUGGCUUCUGGAGGAUUUGAGGGGGGAAGGAAAGGGUGGAUGUGCAUUAGCAAAACACUUGCAGGAAACGGGGGAAAUAUGUUUUGAGUCCAAGAUGAGUUUUAAGAGUAUUUUUUUUUCCUUUUAUGUAGAACACCUAUGAAGUAAAUUAUUACUGCCCGAGAGAUGGGAACGUAACGUUUCAGCUGUUUGUCGGAGAAAACUGUUUUGCUUCUUUUUUUAGGGGAAAAUAUUAAGUGAAUUCAGGACCGGCACUAAAACCUGCCGAAGCGGAUUGAAACCUUUUUAAAUUUGGCAGAAAAAGGCAAGAGCAGCUGGAUUUACCCAGCGGAGAUGCUGAGCUCGCAGGCCAGUGCACGGCUGGGAGAGAGGGGGCGGCGGAAGGGGGAAUAGCACCCGCUUUUCCGUAGUGUGGUCGUAGGUCGACUGGGGAAGGGGUGUUUACUUUGAUCAUACAGAAAUCUAGUUGAGAGAUCUUAGACAGAAAGGAAGGGGGUUUAAUGGGAUGGAAACCAACUUAACGAUUAUGCAGAUUUAUGCCUUUAUUUUUUAGCUUUUUUUUUUUUAUGUUCAGUCUUCCGAGUUGGUUUAGUUUGGUUCACUAGAGCUGUAUAGUUUGGUUAAAUAACUAGUAAUUUAGUUUUUUAUUUAACUAGGCUUACAAUUAACCAUUUUUCUUUGAUAUUUAUUUCUUUGCCUAAUUUUUUUACUAUUUUCAGUAAUGAUUUUUUUUGUUUGUUUUGCUGAGGAAUCUGUUUAGAGCUUUGCUGAUGUUGCGAGAUGUAGCUACCCGAGAAACACGGAAUCGAACACACUAGAAGUGCACCCUUUUAAUCUUUACUAGUCAUUGUGAAGUUACUGUGUAAGUUAAUAAACACAAUUGUAAAUACAUUGUUUGCUGGGCGAAUACGGCUGAGUUACAGUGCAGGAAGCAAUUCUUGAGUCUGUGUUGCGAUUGCUACUUAAACGAACAAUUGCAAACAAAUAUUCAGGCUCCUCCUUUCGUUCUCUUCUGCCCCUCUACCAUCUAAAAUAACCAACCAGGGAAGAGAAAGGGAAUCGUCCUCACCACCACUUUCACCAGGAAACGGGCCUAAAAGAGUUUUGGAAUUCUUCAUUCCCAAAAUGAAUGCUAAACUCGUGCCCUGCCCUGGGUUUAGAGCAGCUCUGCACAACAAUAACUUAAAGGCAGAAUGAGAUGUAAAGUGCUUUUAUAAUGCAAUAUUAAAGGCGAGUUUUUUUUGACGUGGCAUGUCUUGAAAUAAACAUCAAUGAUAUGUGACAAAGGAUCAUUCUUUAUUUAAAAGAAACUCUUGGGGGGAAGGAAACCUGGCUACUUUUCCUGUAUUGUACUGUUCUUAACUGUGCAAAAAUGGUUCAUCUUGCUGCUUUUUCAUUUUGGGUUUCUUUGGUUGUUUUGGUUUUUUUCCCUUUGGUUCUUCAUGCAACUUACAUUGGUCAUCAUUUGGCUGUUCGCCACAAGCGCAUCCUUUUUCACUUCUGAUACAACCAAACCCCGAUGUUUCCCAUAGUUACAAGCUUUAAGCACUGGAUUUGCAAGGAGCUGGCUUAUCACCUGCGGGUUACGGUGGCCGAGCGGUUCAGCUGCUUUUAACGGAAGCCGCUCGCAGAGAGCAGCUGCGUGUCUGGGAGCAGGUUUGUUCAACGGGCCUGUUAUAACUUGCUCUAAAAAAAAAAAAAUGUCUAGAAAGGAGCGUGCCCAUGAGCUCUGUGUUCAACACAGCGCAGUGGUCACAGGACCGAGGAUGAGUCGGGUCCCUGGUCCCCCAGGACAGCCUGGUACGUUUAACCUCUGUCCUUGCCGAUAGUCAGUGCUUAAUGUGACUACAGGACUCAAUCCUGUCCUAAUCCCAGUUUUCCAGAGAAAAGACAUUUCCAAAGUGAGCACAGGAGCAACACAGUCUUUUCUUUUCUUUUUUUUUUUUUUUUGCACCAUUAAUUCCUUGCGCCAUCUGUCUGUCAGGUUUUAGGUUUUAAUUUUCUUUUGCUCCAUCGACAUGGCCAGUAGAACCAUGGGAACAGACUUUUUUAAUGAUGAUUUUGUAAACAGUGAAGGUUUCUGCUCUGUUUCUUUUCUCCUCCCCACUCUGGCUUGAUUGUUGUACAGUACAUUAUGCAGCUAUUCCAUGACUCACUUUUUGUCUUGAUACAAGUAGUUGAAGAAAUUGUAUAAGGGGAAAAAGGUUCCUUUUCUUCAUGUUGGAAUGUCACUGGUACCUCAGCUCUGUUUGAUAAUAUGAAACAACAACAACAACAACAAAUCCUUAGCGCUUGAACUAAAUAAAUACCUGUCUCAUUGGAAA